GAGAAGCAGACUCCCUGCCGAGCAGGGAGCCCGAUGCGGGACUCAAUCCAGGGACUCCAGGAUCAUGACCUGAGCAGAAGGCAGUCGCUUAACCAACUGAGCCACCCAGGCGCCCAACAGUUAACUAGAUCUUGUCUUUCAUCUGUGGCUCUAGUGUUUUCACAUCCUCAACUGCUGGAUAGGUUCCUUUGCAGGAUGGUGCCAUGUGUUUUAUUUUUCUCGUGUCAAUGUUGCAGUAAUAGGCACUUAAUCCUUGAUAAUUGAUUGAUAAAGUACAUCACCCAUCUUACUAAAUUUGGGUUCUGUAGCACAAGAGAGGUUAUUUUCAUUGUCUUUAUCUCUAAUUUCACCGCCUGAUCCUAGUGGUGAGAUCGUAGGAAAUCUUUUUUUUUUUUUAAAGAUUUUAUUUAUUUAUUCAUGAGAGACAGAGGGAGAGAGAGAGAGAGAGAGAGAAGCAGAGGGAGAAGCAGGCUCCCAAGGAGCAGGGAGCCCAAUGCGGGACACGAUCCCAGGACCCUGGGAUCAUGACCCGAGCCGAAGGCAGACGCUUAAUGACUGAGCCACGCAGGUGCCUGAGAUCAUAAGAAAUCUUUUAGGCUUUCAUUAUCUUGUCAAUUUUAGCUUCUCAUCAAAUAUGUGCUAUUCAUUUGUUCAGGGUACUGCUGACCUGCCAUGAACACAAAGUUUGUUUGAAUUGCUUACCCACUAUAAGGAUGGGUUUUCCACUGAAUCAGCUUUGUUUUCUCACUCAGGCAGGGUUGAGGUCCUGGUGAGACCUCCAGCUUUCGCUGCCCUGGAACUGAGGUCUCUAAAGCAGGCCUGUAGUUGCCCUCUUCUGUGGUGACAGGCUCUCAGGGGAAUUAGAGAUUUAUUUAUUUAUUUGAGAGAGAGAGAGAGAGAGAGCAUGAGCAAGUGGAGGUAGGGGCAGAGGGAGAGAGAAUCCUGAAGCAGACUCCCUGCUGAGCACAGAGCCUGCCUUGGCUCCAUCCCAGGACCCUGAGAUCACUACCUGAGCCAAAAUCAAGAAUCGGCUGCUUAACCGACUGAGCCACCCCGGUGCCCUCUCCGUGGAUUUAAGAGCAGCCCCAGGAGCCUGUAUUCUUGGGGAAGAGAAAAUAACUACACAAUCGAUUAAAAACACGAGAGAAAUUCUGAGGGUCAAGGAUGGAAUUUUGGGCUCCCCAGUGGCCACCGCAGCCACGGGGGAGGCCCACGGCACCAGCAAAGGAUCCAAACCGCGGGCUUUGGAGAGAUGGAAUUCAUCAGCCCGUUCCUCACUCUUGGCACAAUGGAGAGAGGUACCAUCAGUGGCAAGACACCCACGGGAGUCCCCCGUCACAGCAGGACCCCAGGACGGACCACCAGCAGCCCCGUUAUGUGUCCAGGCCUGGGGAAAGGCAUCAUCCGCCUGUGUCAGGGGUUGACUAUUAUGAAGGUGGUUAUCCGAGGCAGUUGUAUUCAAGGCCAGGCAUGGAGGAUCUGUAUCGGAGCUAUCAUUCUUCAACCGUAAGGGAAGAAUAUGCUUAUGGAAAUUAUUACUACCAUGGACACCCGCAGCAGCUGCAGGAAGAAAGAGAGGGUGCAGUGCCAAGGGGAGAGAGUCCUUAUAUCUGGCAGGAAGAUCACCGAGAUCAGAAGUACCUCAGUGAGCAGCAUCACGACAACCAGAAUAGUCUAUCCAGGGGUCAGAACCCUUAUAAAGACAGCGCUGCUUCUAACCGUGGACAGGAGCGGCCUGGGGACCUAGUUCCGGAGAGGCUGCUACCUGGAACCCAGAAGAAUAAGCCACCACUGGCCGACGAGUCCAACCUUCUCCGGCAGCACGAGUCCGGUCUCAGCUCCAGUGCCUAUGAGCUCAGCCAGUACAUCGGCAAUGCGUCUGAGAUGUACGAGCCCAGGGCACCAGCAGCUUGGAGUCCAGUUCAGGCCGAGGAUGUCUCAGCAGCUGGUCCCAAGGAGCCCAUGAAGUUCUACAUCCCUCAUGUGCCUGUGAGUUUUGGGCCAGGAGGCCAGCUGGUGUGUGUGGGUCCCAGCUCCCCCAGGGAUGGACAGACGGCCCUUGUGGAACUGCACAGCAUGGAGGUUAUUCUUAAUUACUCCGAGGAACAAGAAGAGCUGAGGACUUUCUCAGGACCCCUGAUCAGGGAAGAUGUACACAAGGUGGACAUCAUGACAUUUUGCCAGCACAAAGCAGCUCAGAGCCUAAAAUCUGAGACAGAGAGGAGCAGAGACUCAGCUCUACUGUGGCAAUUAUUGGUUCUCCUUUGUCGGCAGAACGGGUCCAUGGUGGGGUCUGACAUCGCGGAACUGCUGAUGCAAGACUGCAAGAAACUGGAGAAGUACAAGAGGCAGCCGCCGGUGGCCAACCUCAUCAACCUGACCGAUGAGGACUGGCCGGUGCUGAGCUCAGGGACCCCGAACCUUCUCACCGGGGAGAUUCCCCCCAGCGUGGAGACACCUGCACAGAUUAUAGAGAAGUUCACUAAACUGCUCUACUACGGAAGGAAGAAGGAAGCCUUGGAGUGGGCCAUGAAGAACCACCUGUGGGGCCACGCUUUGUUCCUCUCCAGCAAGAUGGACCCAAGGACCUACAACUGGGUUAUGAGUGGCUUCACCAGCACGCUAGCCGCCAACGACCCACUGCAGACCCUCUUCCAGUUCAUGUCGGCGAGGAUCCCACAAGCAGCCACGUGCUGUGCGGACAAGCAGUGGGGAGACUGGAGGCCUCACUUGGCUGUGAUUCUGUCGAAUCAGGGUGGGGACCCGGAGCUGCUUCAGCGAGCGAUUAUCACCAUGGGGGACACCCUGGCGGGGAAGGGGCUGGUGGAGGCCGCCCACUUCUGCUACCUCAUGGCUCACGUGCCCUUCGGCCACUACACCGUGAAGACAGACCAUCUGGCCUUGCUUGGCAGCAACCACAGUCAAGAGUUUUCGAAAUUUGCAACGACCGAGGCUAUCCAGAGGACGGAAAUCUUCGAGUACUGUCAGAUGCUGGGCCGCCCCAAAUCCUUCAUCCCUUCUUUCCAGGUGUAUAAGCUCCUUUAUGCUUCCCGGCUGGCGGAUUACGGCCUUGUGUCCCAGGCCUUACAUUACUGCGAAGCCAUUGGCACGGCCCUCCUUAGCCAGGAAGAAAGCAAUCACCCUGUGCUAUUAGGGGAACUCAUCAAGCUAGCAGAGAGACUGAAGCUGUCAGAUCCCUUGGUUGUAGAGAGACGCCAUGGAGACAGGGACCCGGAGCCAGCCUGGCUGGUGCCCCUUCGCAGGCGGUGCGAGGAGCUGGCGCACAAGGUAGCAGGAGACACUGGAGAUCUUCGUUCUGCUCACUCAGAUACUUCGGGAGCCAGAGGGAUGGCAGAAAGCACUUUCUACCAUGAUCUUUCGGGACAUCAAAGCAGCUCAGGAGCCCUUGGGGACCGCUCAGCCUUGUGGCCAGCCCUGGAGCAGACGUGGCCGUCCCAGCCCAGCCUGCAACAGCCCUUUCCCCACCCAGCAGGUGGAAGUGUGGGGCAGACCGGGGUCCCUGUGCCUCUUUAUUCGGUUCCUGGGACUGGUGGCAGCCUGGCCGUGACAGGGACUCCUGGAGGAGGAGCCUGGGAGGAAACCCAGCAGAUAUACCCACCUGUUGGAGAGAACACAGUGUCUCAAGGAAGUUUCCAGCAUCCUGAUAGUCAAAAUGUUGUUUCCCAACCCCAGGUGCCAGCGAUUCCCAGAUCACGAAAUAAUUCUGAGAGUUCCACUGUUUCAGUCAAGGAGGAUGGGGAGGAGUCCUCCGAUGAGGCAGAUAAGAAAUCUUCCCAAAGCCCGGCACAGAAAGAAAAACCAGGAGACGAGAAAGAGAACACGAAGAGCUCCGGAUUUGGCUGGUUCAGCUGGUUUCGCUCAAAGCCCACCGACAACGCAUCCGCCUCUGGAGAACACUCAUCUGACAGUCCCGACUCUGAGGAGACCUCCAGAGCAUCUUCUCUGCCUGAGGCUGGCCCUGGCUUCACACUGACCUCUCUCCCAGAGCCCCAGUCUCUGCCAGGCACCUUGUCUGGAGCGACAGGCGAGGGCCAAGUCCGAGGAUCAGCAUCCUGUGGGGGAGCAGCUGAGGGCACUGGGAGUGAAGGCCUGUCUGGGCCUGAGGCUGUUUCCUCUGAGCUUUACUUCAACCCCGGUGUUCUGCUUCCCCCAACACCCUUGAAAGGAAGUGUUCCUCUCUACAACCCAUCUCAGGUCCCCCAGCUCUCCAUGGUUAGUAGCUUGAACCGACCAAAUCGCCUAGCUCAGCGCCGCUAUCCAACCCAGCGAUGAUGAUAACGGCCACCCAUCGCAGGCUGGUCUCCUUCCUUGAUUUCCAACUCCUCUGCCAUAUUGGGGCCCCCAAGAGGGUCCUGCUGGCCUAUUGCCUUCACUGGGACAGGCUCUUCCAGGACACAGCUCAGUCCAGUCUCUUAACAUUAGCUUCAGAAUGAUGGCUAGUACCACGUUGGAUGGAAAAGCUGGGUAGAACAGCAGACCGAAGGUGAGCAGGAUGCCAUGGCGGGAGCAUUCAGGAUGGUAGCUUCAGAUCCUCAGGAGAGUCAAGCCGACUCGGAAUUCCCUUGGCUGGAAUCAAGGCGAAUCCACUGGGCUUUGCGGCAGGAAAUUAUUUGGGGGAGGGGCCCAGAGCGAUAUUCAUGACCAAUGUUGACGCAUUCCUCAGUCUUAGUUAUAGACCAAUUCACGGAUCUACUUAGCAAAGUUUAUAUGCUGAAACUUGAUUAUUGCUUCCCAGCAGAGCUCCCUCCUCACUGACAUUUCAGCAGUUUCCCUCUUGGUCCUAGUUUUGUGCAUAUUUUUAUGUGCUUCAGAUUAAUUAUAUUUCUCUCACUUUCUUAGCUGGUCCUAUUUUUUCACAUUCUGGCAUCUGGCUAUCAAGUUAGAUUGCUGUAGGCAUCAUAUUGUCAUGGUAACUACUGAACCUAAUGAUGCAGAUGGAUGGAACAGCAGUGUAAUAAAUGAUGGGAAAUGUUUCCUAAAAAUUCACCCCUUCCAUAAGAGAGGAGAAUGAGUGCCUGAUAGUGUUAAUACCACCCUUCCUACCUCAGGCCUUUGCAAAUGGAUGUUGGGAGGGUCACUGGAGCCAGAGGGAGGAGGGGGACAUCUUGGAAAUUUCCAGUUCUCUUUUCAAACCCAAAAUAGGGAUGACUCUUGCUGUUUGUCAGAUUUGCUGAAAAUUGCUCCUCACAAAGAACGUUUUUUCUAUGUGUAAUUGUACAUACAGGUUUUGUACUCUAAUGUACUACAGUUCUGAUGUUGACAGUGAUUAAACCAGAUAAUUUUAUAGCAAA